GUUUAAUAGUAUGCUUAUGAUGAAUGUGCAUCAAAUGGCUCUGAAAAUCUGAUUCAAGCUGCUCCUCCAUUUUGCAUUAUAUCCAGGUUGACAUGGUUAUAAUCCCUGCAACAACAGGACAGAUGGGUGUUUUACCUGGGCAUGUAGCGACAAUUGCUGAGCUGAAGCCUGGUAUCUUAUCAGUUCACGAGGGCAACGAUGUGAACAAGUACUUUGUGAGUGGUGGAUUUGCAUUUGUUCAUGCAAAUUCUUUUGCGGAUAUAAUUGCUAUUGAAGCUGUACCACUUGAUCGCAUCGACCCCAAUUUGGUUCAAAAGGGCCUCACUGAGUUCACUCAGAAGCUAAGCACGGCAUCAACCGAUGUAGAGAAAGCUGAAGCCCAGAUAGGAGUUGAUGUACACAGCGCCCUUAAUGCUGUCCUCACUGGUUAAGCAAACAGCAAUACAAUCUUUGUCCUUGGUGAACUUUCUGUUUUCCUUUGUGUCUGAUUGAUAAACUACUUCAUCCUUUUUGCAUAAGCUGCUGCUGCUGCUGAUUUCUAUUUUAAGUCCUGCAUUACUUGAAUAAAUGCUUCGGACAAGGUUUCUUUACAAAUCUUAUUUGCUGCUAUAUAAGCUGUACGCUAAACUGCAGUAAUGAGAAUAGAUUGUUCAAAAAAAAUUAU